AUGGACGCUCGCCGCUCGAGACGGAGCUUCUGGAUGUGGGUCGGACCUUCAUUAUGCACAGCGGGCUCGCUCGAAGGGGAGUUCAGCGUCGCCGGCAGCGACCUUAGGUGUCUGAAGGCAGGCGGAGAGAUGGAUGGAAAAGCGGGAGAGCGUACGCAGAAGACGAACAGGUGGAAGGGUGAUAGGACUCCACACCAGGACGAGUUUGGAAGGCGAAGAACCGCUGAUGCAGCAAUAGAUAGUCCGCAUAGUCCGCCUGGAGAGCAGCCCGCCAUUGUCGCCGUCGUCGACGCCGAGCACGGCCAGCAGCCCCCCGACGGACGCAGACUCGCACUCAGCAGCGUCGAGCAGAUUCAGACCGUUCCCACGCUCGCCUCCUGUGGCGCGCUCAGGCGGGCGGGGCACGAACCUUCUUUGCCAACCACCACUCCCGACGAAAUCUUACUCGCGGCUCUUCUCAUGUCGCACGACAGCAACUCCAACACCUGGACUGAGCCGCCCUGGACUGGUUGGAUAGAGACCACCGGUGACGCCCUCCUCAUCCUCGAGGCCGCUCGCCGUGGUCUCAUUCCCCGCGUCACCCGCCGCCUUGUCGACUCAGAGCGAAAGAUGAUUACUUCCGGCUCCGUUUUUGUCUUUGACGAGGACGAGAGCGGCAUCAAACGAUGGACGGACGGCUUCUUCUGGAGUCCUAGCCGCAUUCUAGGCAACUUCCUCCUCUACCGCGAGACGGAGAAACGUGGUGCUGGCCAUAGGAGUGCCCGUGCAGAGCAGCCUGUCGUCCCCCAGGCACAGGAUACCGAGCAAUACUCCCCCGAUGGCGUCAAGCCAGAGGGACAGACCCUCAGUCGCCCCAAGAGCGAGGCACAUCGUUUGGCUGGCGCCGACCGCCAGCGCGAACGCAGUCUCGUCGGUAGCUUGACGAACAGCUACAAGUUCAAGCCGGGUGGAAUGAUGAAGAAAACGUUUUCUUUGACAAUCGGGGGCGUCGCCCAGCACCUCAUCUCAUAUUAUAAGAUUGAAGACGUCGAACAGGGUCGCCUGCGUGCACCAUCGACACUGCCCGAGCUCGCUGCCCUGGAUAUCAGCCCAGAGUACCUCGACAAGACACACUUCCGCAACCCGCCCAAAGUCGAGAUUGGCGUUGACGGCGUUCCUCGCUACCGCGGCGAGGCCGACGACUCGGAUGCGUCUCCAACCCUUCUUCCCUCCCCACUCGGAGGCUCUUCUCUGUACACUGAUCCCGUAGAGUCCAGCUCGUCAAAACGCGGCAAACGAUAUGACCCAUACGGUGGUAGCGCCCCCAAACGUUCUCGCAAAGGCAAAAAUGCCGCCGCUACGACAAGCCCAGAGAGCCCGACAGAUGAAGGACCGCCCCCACCGCUUCCCGUGGGCAUGCACCAACCUCAACCUGCAUACCCUGGCUCGGAGACAGCUGCGGUCGCGCCGCACUAUGCGCCGUACAGCUACUAUCCAGGCUAUCCACUGCCACCAAUGUACCCCUCCGGGCCAUACCCUGCAAUGUCGCCUACCCCGCCACACCAAAGCACACCUUCGCCACCACACGGACCCCCACCCCCACCGCCGCAGUAUGUGGGAUACCCGGACCCGUCGACGUAUGCAGGUGCACCGGUGUAUUCUGCGUACUACCCACCGCCUCCUCCUCAUGGGUAUGCGGGGUAUCCCACAGGCGUGCCGUGGCCGCACUAUGGAUACCCCCCUCCCCCGCCACCACCUGGACAUGGAGCAGGAACGGAGAGCGAGGGCGAGAUGGAGGGGGAUACAGGUCAGGAUGUGGGGGCAUGA